AUGGGGGACCCUGGACUCAGGGGCUGGGGGCCAGAGAAUGAGGGACUCAGGGGCUGGGGGCCAGAGAAUGAGGGACUCAGGGGCUGGGGGCCAGGGAAUGGGGAACCCUGGACUCAGGGGCUGGGGGUCCAGAGAAUGGGGAACCCUGGACUCAGGGGCUGGGGGCCAGGGAAUGGGGAACCCUGGACUCAGGGGCUGGGGGCCAGAGAAUGGGGAACCCUGGACUCAGGGGCUGGGGACCAGGGAAUGGGGAACCCUGGACUCAGGGGCUGGGGGCCAGAGAAUGGGGAACCCUGGACUCAGGGGCUGGGGACCAGGGAAUGGGACAGGGGCUCCUUAGACAGCAGGGGCGUGUCUGUGUGCGGGGUUGGAGACGGAUCACUGGGCGUGGUUCCAGAGGAGAGGAAGAAACGUGGCCGAGCAGAACUGAGACAGCUGUGGAGGAAGGCCAUCCUGCAACAGACACUACUGCUGAGGAUGGAGAGAGAGAACAACAAGAUACAGGCGUCAGAGAGUAAGCGCCAGCGUCUGGACUACGAGGAGAUCACUCCAUGUCUGAAGGACGUCACGCUGGUCUGGGAGAGCAUGCUGGGAACACAGGCCAGGUCGAAGGUCAAGUUCAACACCGACACUGUCCACUCUGCUGUCGAACAGGGAGUUCCUAGACAGUACAGAGGAGAGGUGUGGAAGUUCCUAUCAGAGCAGUUUGUAUUGAGGCAACCGGUUCCUGUCAACAGGCCUGUCAACAGGCCUUAUAAAGAACUGCUGAAACAACUGACCUCCCAACAGCACGCUAUCCUCAUAGACCUGGGUCGUACCUUUCCGACCCAUCCUUAUUUCCAGGCUCAGUUGGGGUCUGGUCAGCUGUCUCUCUAUAACCUCCUGAAGGCCUAUUCUCUACUGGACCCAGAGGUGGGAUACUGUCAGGGUCUCAGCUUCGUAGCAGGAGUAUUGUUGUUGCACAUGGGAGAGGAGGAGGCCUUCAACAUGCUCCAGUUCCUCAUGUAUCAUAUGGGGCUUCGCAAGCAGUACAGACCUGACAUGAUGAUACUACAGGUACCACACCAAGCAGUACAGACCUGACAUGAUGAUACUACAGGUACCACACCAAGCAGUACAG